AUGUCCUCCAAGCUGGAACAGAAGGAGACUCACCAGACCAAUGGGGUGGUGCUGCCAAUCGUGGCUGUGCCCGUGGACUGCCUGGCCAGUCCGGACCGGCAGCAGCUCGUGGAGCCCUCGGAGUUCUUGGAGCCUGACGGGGAAGGGGUGGAGGUGGUGGUGCUGGAGUCCCGGGCCAACGCCAAAGGGGUACGAGAAGAGGACGCCCUGUUGGAGAACGGCAGCCAGAGCAACGAGAGCGAUGACACCAGUACGGAUCAGGGCCCCGAGCCUGCCUCCCCUCUCAAGGAGACCUCCUUCUCCAUCGGGCUGCAGGUCCUCUUCCCUUUCCUGCUGGCCGGGUUUGGGACGGUAGCAGCUGGCAUGGUGCUGGACAUAGUACAGCACUGGGACGUGUUCAAAAAUGUGACUGAAGUAUUUAUCCUGGUUCCUGCAUUGCUGGGACUGAAGGGGAACCUAGAGAUGACGCUGGCAUCUCGUCUUUCUACAGCUGCUAACAUCGGGCACAUAGACACACCCAAGGAGCUCUGGAGGAUGAUAAUGGGGAACAUGGCUCUGAUUCAGGUUCAAGCUACAGUGGUCGGUUUCCUGGCUUCGAUUGCUGCCGUGAUAUUUGGCUGGAUCCCAGAUGGGCACUUCAGCAUUGGCCAUGCCAUCCUGCUCUGUGCCAGUAGUGUCGCCACAGCCUUCAUAGCUUCACUCGUGCUGGGAAUGAUCAUGAUCGGAGUUAUCAUCGGAUCCAGAAAGAUAGGGAUCAACCCGGAUAACGUGGCCACGCCCAUUGCUGCCAGCCUGGGGGACCUCAUCACCUUGGCGCUGCUUUCAGGGAUCAGCUGGGGCCUCUACAUAGAGCUGGAGGACAAAGCGUACGUGAAUCCUUUGGUGUGUGCCUUCUUCAUAGCCCUGCUACCGCUCUGGAUCAUCAUUGCCAAGAGGAAUCCAGUAACCCGGGAGGUGCUGUACUCUGGGUGGGAACCAGUCAUCAUUGCCAUGGCUAUUAGCAGUGUUGGAGGGCUAAUAUUGGACAAAACUGUGUCGGAUCCAAACUUUGCGGGGAUAGCCGUCUUUACGCCGGUGAUUAAUGGUGUCGGUGGCAACCUGGUAGCUGUCCAGGCUAGUCGCAUCUCCACUUACCUCCACAUGAGCGGAAUCCCGGGCGAGAGCUCAGAGAUGGCCCCGCGCAAGUGCCCCACCCCCUGCAGCACAUUCUUCAGCUCAGAUGUGAAUUCCCGCUCUGCCCGCGUGCUCUUUCUCCUGGUGGUUCCUGGGCACUUGGUUUUCCUCUACACCAUCAGCUCCAUGCAAGGCGGGCACACCACGCUCACCCUGAUCUUCGUAGUCUUCUACAUGACAGCUGCACUUCUCCAGGUUCUCAUUCUACUCUACAUUGCCGACUGGAUGGUGCAUUGGAUGUGGGGUAGGGGCCUGGAUCCCGACAACUUUUCCAUCCCUUACUUGACGGCGCUGGGUGACCUGCUUGGGACAGGUCUCUUGGCUCUCAGUUUCCACAUUCUCUGGCUCAUCGGUGACCGGGACACGGACGUGGGAGACUAGCUCUCCCCUUCUUUCCUCCUUCCCUUCCUUCUGUCUCUCUUGGGACUUCAGCUUUGAUCCUGGAUUCUCAUUAUUUUCAAUGGGAAUUUUAUGUGGUUUAUAUUUCAAGCCCAGUUUGUACAGAAAAAUCUAGUUUUAGGAAGGACACAAAAAAAAGUGUAAGAGACAAUCACCAAGUGCAAUUUUAUAGCAGUAGCAUCUGAACCAAGGUUCUAGUGGAAAUGUUGAUUGAGUAGUCGGAUCAUAAAGGAAACCCGCACCCAUCACUAGAGGUGAAGCGUCACUCUUUUGGUUCAUAAGCAUUCAAUGUUCAAGAUACGAUUCAGGUUUGUUUUAAUUAUAAACUGAACAGGCACCUCCCAGGAGGGAACACUCUAUAAAUUAGGAUUUGGGACAUCCCCAGAUCCUCCCCCAAAGCCCCACUUUAUGCCUGGAUUCUAAAUCAAAGAAGAUUCUGGUUAGAGAACUAGCUUGAGUGUGCCAGAAAGAGGCCUUUUAAACAUCCACUCCCACCCCCAGAUGCUUACAAGGAGCGCUCACCCGGUUUAUUUGAGGCUUUAAAACAUAACCCUAAAGUUGCUGGAUUUUUAAUUGUAUGUAGGGCUUUAGUUUUCCCUUUAAAAAGUCUGAAAUGCAUUCCUCUUUCCAGAACACACACCCCGCACUCUUGUAGUGGCUCUUAUUUUCUGAUACUGGGUCAACUUUUGUGUCUUUCCCACAAGCUCCUUAAAACAAUGCUGUUUUUCUCUUUUUUGGCUUUUCCCAGAGAGCUGGGUAUUACGUGCAACAAGUGCGAAGUGAUACUUGAUGUGUUGUGUAGAUUUUGACCUUCUUCGCCCUAAGUGAGGCUCAGUUUCAGGGGGUGAUGGUGCUGCUCAAUAUAUUGGCACUCUACCACAGCCACAUAAGUAUGGCAGUCUUGACUCUCUUGGGAGGGAGUGGUUUGCUUGGAAGACCACCCCCACCUUGCCCUUACUGUGGGCCAAGCAAGACCGCAACAGCCCAGCCAAGUGUAUCUGUCAUGACCAGCAAUAGACCCAUGCUGCAAAAUUCCAGUCUGGAAUUGGCUCAGAGCUUUCCCUGCAGUUCAGUGCUAGAGACCUGGUUUAAGGCCAGGCAUCAGGACCCGCUCCAGGGUUUUUGCCGCCCCAAGCG